AUGUUGCUAGUUAUGUGUGCCUGCACACUGGCCGUACUCCUUGCUGUUGUUAUUGGUGUCUUUGUGUACACAAGAUACCACAAGACCGUAACACCUGUACUUAAAGCCGUACUCAUUACAGGCUGCGAUCAUGGUUUCGGCUACAUGCUGGCCAAGCGACUUGACCGAGGGGGCUAUAAAAUAUUUGCAGGCUGCCUGGACAUCCACAGCGAGGGCGCCAGCAACCUUCGAAGUGUGGCUUCCUCCAAAUUGUCCAUCAUUCCGCUUGACGUGACUAACGACGCCCAAAUCGAGGCCGCAAGGUCAACUAUAACGGAAAUGCUUUUAGGACAUGUUCUGUGGGCUGUUGUAAACAAUGCUGGGGUCGGCGACUAUGCCUUGUUUGAAUGGUAUCCAAAAGUUCAGUUCAAGAAGUUAAUGGACGUCAACUUUAUGGGCAUGGUUAACGUGACCAGGACUUUCUUGCCUUUGAUUCGAGCAGCCAAAGGACGGAUUAUUAAUAUGUCCAGCAUGGCAGGUAGAACUGCGAUGCCUGGUUAUACAGCCUACUCCGCAUCAAAGUUUGCUGUCAUCGGGUUUUCCGAAAGUCUUAGACGAGAGAUGUCGGUUUUCGGAGUCACGGUCGUAACUGUGGAACCAUCCCUGUACAAAACAGGACUCUCUGAUGUAGACAUCGUUUCUACCAGAAAUGCGGAUUUCUGGGCUGCCGCUGAACCGGGAAUAAAACGGGACUACGGCGAAAGCUACUUCAGAGACACACAGGCUGUUUGGGGGCGCAUUCUCCGCUUCGGAAGUGGCAAUCACAAACAAGUCAUCGACUGCUACGUGCAUGCCGUCACAGCUGUACACCCACAUAGUCGUUAUGCGCCGCCUUUCAUCAUGAGGAUUUCAAAUGACUUCAUGAACUUGCUAGCCCCGAGACUGCAAGACUUUAUCAUUAAAACGGUCCUGGGCGUCACCGCCAAACCCGACAUGGUUAGUCCGGAUCAUGGGGAUAAAUUCCGCACUGGACGACGUCGCAGCCAUGCGUAUUAG